AUAGCGUCGAACAUUUCGUUUUCUGUUCGGUUAGUUCACGGAAGAUGUUUUGCUUGCUUCGCAGCCAGGCUUCCUUUGUUAAAUAAUAAUUAUUGUUAAUUGUUAAAUUUCUGAAUUCACACAAAUAUAAGAAGUCAAUGGAUAUUUUUAACGAAAGCAGAGGCGUCAAUUCGUCGCCUGAUAUGAAUUCAAGCGUCGAGCUACCGUCCCCAGAUCGAUUUACCGUAAUACCUCGAAAGUUAACCUUUGGAACUUCGCCCGACGGUGGCAAUUUCCGUCGUACUGCGUUGGCCGUCAGCCCUCGGAAGCAACCGUCAAUAUCACCACCGUACCGGAAAGUUCGUGCACUGCGGCUGUUUGAUUCGCCAGCUACACCAAAAACCAUCAUUCAAAAGUCGGAAAGUAACUUUGCGAAAGCACUGGCCGAUGCUUCCACCAAAGAUGGGGACUUGUUGGUCAAACCAAUCGACACUAAUGGGCAAGUGAUUUACGAGAAACCUCGAGCGGUUCCGUUGCACCGAAAUUAUGAGAAUGUGAUUCCAUCGGCAAACGUCAAUCCUUUUACGCCUCCGGGGAUGUUUAUGAGAACAAAAAAACGGACGCGUUCCGGUCAGGAUGGGAACGAAAAUCUGAUGAAUGUUAGCUUCCCAUCAGCUUUCCCCUGCAACAAGGUUGUCAGACAAUCGACACGGCAGAGUUGGGGCUUUUUUCAGACGGAGAAAAAUGUUGAUACUGCACUUAAAACGUGCAACUUGCUACAGGAUGAUUUCGGUGAAGUACGCCAGGCUCCAAAGCGAUUGGCACUUCAAGAUUCGAACAUCUCCCGGUAUGAGAAAGAGUUCCUCGAGCUGUCCCUGCUCGGCGUCGGAGAGUUUGGAGAAGUUUACCAGUGUAUAAAUCGGUUGGAUGGCUGCGUUUAUGCAAUCAAGAAAAGCAUUAAACCGGUAGCAGGAAGUUCCUUUGAAAAGACGGCUUUGAACGAAGUGUAUGCCCAUGCGGUUCUGGGAAAACAUGACAACGUCGUGCGAUAUUACUCAGCAUGGGCGGAAAACAAUCACAUGCUAAUUCAGAAUGAGUACUGCAAUGGAGGGAGUUUACAAACUUUACUACAGGAAAGGUCCUUGAAAGAAUCGGAGCUCCGUAUGCUGUUGCUGCACGUCGCCGAAGGACUGAAAUACAUUCACUCGAAUGAGCUCGUUCACAUGGAUCUGAAGGCAGGAAACAUUUUCCUCACCAAAGUGCCAAUUCGCUCGUCUUGCUCCGGAACGGUCCAUCAUCCCGACAGUACGGACGAUGGGUUUGAAGACAUCUACGAAGAUCUGGAUAAUGAGUACCUGAUCACGUUUAAAAUCGGUGACCUUGGCCACGUAACCUCGGUUAACGAUCCACAGGUGGAGGAGGGUGAUUGUCGCUACCUGCCGAACGAAAUUCUGCAGGAGGACUUUUCCCAUCUACCGAAAGCGGAUAUUUUUUCGCUGGGAAUCACCCUCUACGAAGCAGCCGGUGGUGGUCCUCUGCCGAAAAACGGUCUCGGGUGGCAUGUGCUGCGGAAUGGGACCUUUCCCGAUUUACCCAGGAUCAGUCGUGAGUUCAAUGAACUAAUCAAGUUGAUGAUGCAUCCGGAUCCGGACAAGCGACCAACGUCGUCUACUAUUUUCAAUCAUUCAGUUCUGUCUCCCAUUGACUCUAAAAGUAAAGCCCAGCUCUGUCUAGAGCUUAGCAUGGAGCGACAGAAGAAUGAAGUUCUUUUACGGAAACUAAAGGAACAAAGUAAAAUGCUUAAGUCGUACGAGCAAGCGCAGACCCCAAAUACUCGGAAAUUUCGAAAUUUGCGGGAAGUAACCGUGUCGGAUCGUAAGCUACGGUCCUACUCUCGCAAGAAACGUUCAACGAAUCUUAUUACCACACGACGGGGGAUCCGGGAUAACACGAAGAGCAAAGAUUACUGAGUCUGGAAAGUCUAAGGAAAAAAAAAGAAAUGUUCAGGCGAACAGCAAACUUUACCUAUCCAAUACCACCGGAAGCAGAAAAAAGGUUUUAUUUUUUGUUUUGCUAUCGAAAUUAUGUUUAAGGGUUUUUAGAUAUCGAAGCACGUUUUGGAAACAUUUUUUAUCACUCAUUUUUCGACAUCCUAUUUUCUUUUUUUUUAUUUUCACUUUAAAUUUAUUUGAAUUGGCCAUUAUGAGCUAACCCUAAUUGCAAUGAAGUGCUUCAGUGUAGUUAUCGUAUGGCGGUAAAUGUUUGAAUUUUUCAACAAAAAAAAAAAAUAAAAAUGCAAAGGUUUAAAAACCAAGAUAAGAGAUACGAGCUGUACUGUGAUUAAGUUGACGGUACGUGUGCCUGUCGAAACUAUUAGAACUGUUGCAACACAACCCGUUGUCACGAUGUUGCGGAUUAAUGCAUUAAUAUAAAAGAGAAUAAGCAAAAAAUCGACCAUUAUUUCUUGUGACGGACAUAAAAAACUGACACAAUCCCUACAGAGUAAAGAAAUACAAGAACCAAACCAAAAAGGGAUAACCGAAGUGAGAAAGUUGAAAGUAAAAAAGUUUGUGAUUUUACUACGUAAGAGCAAAAGAAAAUAAAAUCAAUAACAUAAAUACAAUCAAA